AUGCCGGAGCACAGUCGAUUAAACUGCAGGGCGUGUCAUGCCUUUUAUCCGAAUGUGAACAUUGUAAAGUGUUGCAGCAGAGUCUUAGGCGAGAUCAGUUUCUGCGAAUCUUGCCAUCGCCGUUACCAUCCCGCAUGUAAUAAUCACGUGAGCGCAGUGCGGCACGAGGACCGGAAGUGUGAUUCUUGCUUGGCGCACGAGGCCACUGUCGUCUGUCCGAUGUGUACUGGUCGUCUUACGCCGGUUCAGCUAUGUAGGAAAUGUAGCGAGCAGAUUCACAUCGACCUAUACCUGUGCCAUCUAGACCACGUGUUCAGUGUUUCAUCUUAA